CAGAUGUUGCCAUGGCACUUAAUAACGUAGGUGAAGUGCACAAUCAACUAGGGAAGUAUAAAACUGCCAGUGAAUAUUAUAAAGAUAGUCUAUCAAUGUUAAGAAAGAUUCAUGGUAGUGAUGCUCACCCAGGUGUUGCAAGGUCACUUAACAAUGUAGGUUUAGUCUAUAGACAACUAAGGGAAUAUACUAUUGCCAUGAAAUACCUAGAAGAUAGUCUAUCAAUGUUAAGAAAGAUUCAUGGAAUUGAUGCUCACCCAGAUGUUGCCAUGUCACUUAAUAAUGUAGGUGAAGUGCACUAUCGCCUAGGGAAGUAUACCACUGCCAGUGAAUAUUAUAAAGAUAAUCUAUCAAUGUUAAGAAAGAUUCAUGGCAGUGAUGCUCACCCAGAUGUUGCAAGGUCACUUAACAAUAUAGGCUUCGUGCAGAGAGAACUAGGGAAGUAUACCACUGCCAGUGAAUAUUAUAAAGAUAAUCUAUCAAUGUUAAGAAAGAUUCAUGGUAGUGAUGCUCACCCAGAUGUUGCAAGGUCACUAAACAAUAUAGGCUUCGUGCAGAAACAACUAGGGGAAUAUACUAUUGCCAUGAAAUACCAAGAAGAUAGUCUAUCAAUGUUAAG